UACUGAAACCUAAAUCUAUAGAUAAAAAAGUGUUCUUUUGCGUCCCCUUUCUUCUCACAUUCUUGACUCCCUCUCUCCCCAAUCUCCUAUUCUUUCUUCUAUUGUUUUGUUUGAUUCCCAGUUCAGCUCAUCUCAGCUGGAUGUGUUUGACACUCUUUGAGUUGAACUCUUGAGAUUCUCUAUUUUAGUUGCAGGGGAAAACGAGGGUGAGAAGAUGAGGGUGUUGAGUGCCAUUGAUUGCUCGGAUUGCCCAAGUCUUUGUGGGUUCUUGGUUGUUAAAUCUUAUCCCAAGAGGUAUUCUUCCAAGAUCCCCUCUGAUUUGGUCCUUUUCUUGGGUCUGGGCUUCAUAGAUUGGUAAUAUUUGUGUUUACUUUUGGCAAAAUAACAGUUUACCCAUCAUUUACAGAUAUAAAGAUACAGUUUUUAUUGAUUAUACCUAGAUGGACUUUGCAAGAGAAUGGGUUUAAUUCAGUGUUUUAUACCUGUCAUUAAAGGGUCUAAGGAGAUUCUUGGAUUAGGACUGGAUUGGAUUGUCCAUCUAGCUUUUUUGUUUUUAAUACAUUUUUAUUGAUAUGGGUUGGGAUUAGAUUUGUUUCUCUGCUGUUUUUUUCUUGUCUUUUUCUAUUGAUUUCUGUUUUUAGUGGAUGUCUCAUUCUUCUUUGGGGAAAAGAGUUGGGAUUCAAUCUCCAGGUAACCCUCAAAUUGUGUUUGUCUUCUGAACUGGAAUUAGGAAUUUCUGGUAACCCUAAAAAACAGGAUCACUGGUUUUUGUUGGGGGGUGGGGGUUCAUAUAGGUGUGAUUAGUAUGGUGGGUGAAUGUGUAAAGAUGGAUUAACCACUUGUGAGAAUGAUCUUUGGAUUGAUACUUUUGAGGACAUCAUCUGAUAGUGUCCCAGAUUCAAGGAAGAAUUUGUGAGAUGGGAGAUACUGUUCUAACAGUUCUGUCAUUGGAGAAUCAUUACCCCUUUUCCAUGGAUUCUAGCACCUCCUCUUCACAAGAUGAUUUAGAUUUUGAGAUGAAUAGACAAGUAAUCUUAGCCCGUCCACCCGACAUCAAUUUACCGUUAUCUGCAGAGCGUAGCCCGACUCCUCAGUUGUCGAAUUCGGAGCAUAGUGAUAGUCUUGAUGUUAGGGUAAGAGCCCAAGUUCAUGAAACCGAGAAUUUCUUCAGUGCGCCUAAGGUCAGUAGGAAAUGUGCGAAAAGGGGGGACAGCAUCUGGGGCGCUUGGCUCUUCUUUAGCUUUUAUUUUAGGCCGGUCUUUGUUGAGAAAUCGAAGGCGAAAGUUGUGCGGGACUGUAAUGGAGCUUCAGGGUUCGAUAAAUCUGAUCUUCAGCUUGAUGUUUUCAUGGUUCAGCAUGAUUUGGAGAACAUGUACAUGUGGGUUUUCAAGGAGAGGCCUGAAAAUGCUUUGGGCAAGAUGCAACUAAGAAGCUAUAUGAAUGGGCAUUCCCGCCAAGGGGAGCGUCCCUUUCCUUUUAGUGCUGACAAGGGUUUUGUUCGAUCUCAUAGAAUGCAACGGAAGCAUUAUAGGGGCCUCUCGAAUCCUCAGUGUGUUCAUGGGAUCGAGGUUGUCCCCUUACCCAAUCUAAUGGCUUUAGGCGAAGAUGAACGAAGAAGGUGGGUUGAACUUACGGGAAGGGAACUGAAUUUCACUAUCCCACCCGAAGCAAGUGAUUAUGGUUCGUGGAGAAACCUGCAAAGCACUGAAUUUGAGCUCGAGAAGCAACCUCCAUGUGCCAAGGGCAAUAACCAUUCCCCAACUAAGAAAUUGCUUAACGGAUCCGGGCUUAAUUUGUCCACUCUAACAUCGAACCACAGCAAUGGCGAUGCCAUGGAUUUAACGCCUGUCAGCUGCAAAAGGAAGCAGGACUUCUUCUCUAACGGGAAUGGAGAUGAGUGUCAUUUGCAAGCAAAUCCUCACUAUAGGAUCCCAGAUUUCGAAAUGCACCCGAAUGAGCCACACUGGUUGAAUGAAUUUAGCGGGAUUAUAAGGAAUGUUUACGGGCCUGUUACAGCUGCAAAGAGUAUCUAUGAAGACGAGAAAGGGUAUUUGAUCAUAAUCAGUUUGCCCUUCGUUGAUCUCCGGACAGUGAAAGUCUCUUGGCGGAACACACUCACAUACGGGAUAAUCAAGGUUUCUUGCUUGAGCACAUCUCGCAUCCCAUUCAUCAAGAGACAGAAACGGACUUUCAAGCUUGUAGAUUCAUCAUCCGAACACUGCCCUCAAGGAGAAUUUGUUAGGGAAAUCCCGCUCUCAACCCGAAUUCCCGAGGGUGCAAACAUCGAAGCCUACUUCGACGAAUCAGGGACAGCGCUAGAGAUUCUGGUGCCUAAACUGCCGGAGGGGCCGGAAGAACAUGAAGUACACAUUCGACUUCGCCCCGACCUCAGUGCCAAUGACUUCAUGGCUUUUAUGGACCUGGAAGCAUAGCUAUACAAAUGCUAGUAGGGUUGGUGCUUCAUUGUUUCACCAACAUAAAAUAUGUUUUAUUGAGCUAAAUAUGCAAAAAUCUUCUGUUUGUGUUGUCUUCUCACAUAAAUGGUUUGUCUUUCUUCAUCUGUAUAGCCUUGGUUGUAACCAGGUCUAGCUUAUAAAAUCUUUGUUCUUGGUUUAGUAACAUAUUUAUGUUCUUGUUUGCAGACAAAUAUUUGUAUUAAAAUCUUUCAGCCC